AGCCUCUCAGUCUGGGCACCAGGUUGGGCUUUGACCUGCCCAGGCUUGCAGACCUCUCAGGCGGUCGUGACCUUGGCGCUGGGCUGGAUUAGGAUCGGGGGAGCAGGAACGCGGCUGCACGCUCCAGCGCAUCCCGAGGGUGCUCGGUGACGAUGCCACCGUUGCAGGAGAGCAACACUUCCACCCGCUCCCAGGGUGGCACGGCGUUUGCAUCGGGACGGUCUCUGCCCGAGGAUGGAGCAGGGGCCGUUUCUGCAGCGGGACCUGGCGCGGCUGAGUGUGUGUGUGUAGGGCACGAAUGUAUGCGAGGGAAUGGAGCCUGGCGUGCACGGCGGCAUCGCCAAGCUUGAAGCCAAGAGUCGGGGCCUGACUGAUGGGACGGAGCGAGCAUCCGCCGAAGGCUGAUUGAAACCUCCCACCUGGCCACCAGCGUGUCGGAGGAUUGCAAUCUGCCCUCGUCCUAUGUGCUCAAGGGCCAGCGCGCUGAGCCUGGGAGAAACGGAGACCAGGCACCACUUUUCCAAGCUGUUCGGGGCUCUUUGCGGAGAGCUUGGGGGUGGGCAGCGUGCUUCUCCUUCGUGCUUCUCAGCAGAGCUGUCGAGCCUUCCCGGUGUAACCUGCGGCCGUAAUGCAGCUGCUGUGACCUGGAGCGCAUCCCCGCAGACCGCCCCCAUGGACCUGCGCAUCGGGCAGCGCUUUGUCAAGCCCGGCUCGGACACGGCCCUGCUUGCUCUGAAGCAGACGCAGCAGCUGCAGCACCAGUUCUUCCUGGCCAGCCUGCAUCAGCAGCAAGUGGAGCAGCUCACCCACCAGCAGAUGCGGGUGAACAUGGAGUCCCCGCACCAGGAGGCAGAAGUUGGGCAGCAGGAGCAGGAGCUGCGGCAGCUCCUUAAUAAGGACAAGAGCAAACGAAGUGCGGUGGCCAGCACCGUGGUCAAACAGAAGCUGGCUGAGGUCAUCCUGAAGAAACAACAGGCUGCUUUGGAAAGGACCAGCAACCCCAACCCCUCCGCCAUGCCCUACAGGACCCUAGAGCCGCUGGAUACCGAGGGGCCGGCACCUCCUGUGCUCACCAGCUUCCUGGCUCAGGUCCCCAGCACCAUAGACCCCCCAGAGCACUUCCCGCUGCGGAAAACAGGUAAGCCACCCCCGGGGCACUGGGUCCUGGCGAACCUCAAGGUGCGCUACAAGCCCAAGAAGUCCCUGGACCGGCGCAAGAACCCGUUGACCCGCAAGGAGAGCGCGCCCCCUUCGCUGAAGAGGCGGCCGCCGGAGGCUAUCGACUCGUCCCCCAGCAGCAGCAGCACCCCGGUGUCCGGCUGCAGCUCCCCCAACGACAGCCUCCCAGCAGAGCAUGGGGCCUUGCCCACGGGGCCUGGCUUGGUGCACGAGACGCCACUGGCCCAGCGCCUGAUGAUGCAGGAGAGCUCACUGGCCCAGUUUGCCCAGCAGAGCGCAGCCACGCUACCAACCAUCACACUGGGACUGCCCGCUACCACCAGUGGCAGGGGAGAGGCAGACCGCCACAUGCUCUCCAGCCUGACCCAUGGACGGGUGCCGGUGCUGAAUGGGCCUGUCCUCGCUGGCACGCACCCGCCCAUGUUCAUCCCUGCCAGCUUGGAGCAGCACGAGCCUGGGGGGACCCUGUCCCCACGUGUCAUUAUCCUCGAGCCCUCGGUCACCCACACUCCACUUGUGGCAGUGCCGGGCCUGGGGCCAGUGCCCUUCUCUUUCGCCCCCUCGCUGAUCACUGCUGAACGUCUUCCGCUGCCCGGGCACCACAAGCCGCUGGGGCGCACCCGCUCUGAGCCCUUGCCCCAGAACCCCAAGGCCAUCCAGCAACAGCUGGCGUACCAGCAGCACCAUGCCCAGUUCCUGGAGCGGCUCAAGCAGCAGACGGCUUUGGGCAAGCGCAUGGCAAAGUCCAGCGAGAAGCCCCGUCUACGGCAGAUCCCCUCCUCUGAGGACAUGGAGGCAGAGGUGGGACACCCGGAAGGAGGGGGCGAGCGCAGCGACCAGGCCAGGGGGCGGCUGGAGUCGGCCCGGCCGGGGGCCAGCGUGAAGGAGCCUGAGAGGACCCAGAAGCCAAUGCAGCCUCAGGAGGAGCUGGUUCUGCAGCAGCCCUACAUGUGGGAGCCCUACCAGCGCAUGCAGCAGCAGCUCCUCAAGCGCCAGCUCCCAGCCGACACUCUGGUGGCACCGAGCAUCCAUGGAGGGCACCGGCCCCUGUCCAGGGCUCAGUCUUCUCCUGCCACGGCCACCAUCUCCCUGCCCACCCAGGAGACGCCCACCAAGGCACUGGCUCUGCCAGUGCAGGAGCCGCCAGCCAAGCCACACUUCACGACAGGGCUCGUGUAUGACUCGGUGAUGCUCAAGCACCAGUGCUCCUGCGGGGACAACAGCAACCACCCGGAGCAUGCGGGACGAAUCCAGAGCAUCUGGUCCCGCCUGCAGGAGAGGGGACUGCGCAGCCAGUGCGAGUGCCUGCGGGGCCGCAAGGCGACGCUUGAGGAGCUGCAGUCGGUGCACAACGAGCGCCACGUCUUCCUCUACGGCACCAACCCCCUCAACCGCCUGAAACUGGACAACGGCAAGCUGGCAGGGAUCCUGUCUCAGAGGAUGUUCGUCAUGCUGCCCUGUGGCGGGGUAGGGGUGGACAGCGACACGAUCUGGAACGAGCUACAUUCAUCCAAUGCUGCCCGCUGGGCCGCGGGCAGCGUCACGGAGCUAGCCUUUAAGGUGGCCACGAGGGAGCUGAAGAACGGUUUUGCCGUGGUGAGACCCCCCGGACACCAUGCGGACCCCUCCACAGCCAUGGGCUUCUGCUUCUUCAACUCAGUGGCCAUUGCGGCCAGGCAGCUUCAGCAGAAGGGGAAACUCAGCAAGAUCCUCAUCGUGGACUGGGAUGUUCACCACGGCAAUGGGACCCAGCAGGUGUUCUACCGGGACCCCGACAUCCUCUACAUCUCCAUACACCGCCACGACGACGGCAACUUCUUCCCCGGCAGCGGGGCGGCUGACGAGGUUGGCUCUGGCCUCGGUGAGGGCUUUAAUGUCAACGUGGCCUGGACCGGUGGCCUCGACCCCCCCAUGGGAGACCCGGAGUACUUGGCAGCUUUCAGGACAGUCGUGAUACCAAUUGCCCACGAGUUCUCCCCGGACGUGGUGCUGGUGUCUGCGGGGUUCGAUGCAGCUGAUGGCCACCUGCCACCCCUGGGAGGCUACAAAGUCUCUGCCAAGUGCUUCGGCUACAUGACCAAGCAGCUGAUGAGUCUGGCAGGAGGAGCCGUUGUCCUCGCCCUGGAAGGCGGCCAUGACCUCACAGCCAUCUGCGACGCCUCGGAGGCCUGUGUCUCAGCCCUGCUGGGCAACGAGCCGGAUCCCCUCCCCGAGGAGAGCUUGAGGCAGAAGCCCAACCCCAACGCUGUGCGCUCCUUGGAAACAGUGAUCCAGGUCCAGAGUAAAUACUGGAGCACCGUGCAGCGCUUUGCUUCCAAGGUCGGCUGCUCCUUCCUGGAAGCGCAGCACCACGAAGCGGAGGAGGUGGAGACGGUGACAGCCUUGGCCUCACUGUCGGUGGCCGUGAUGGCAGAGAAGAGAGCACAGGACGAGCCCAUGGAGGAGGAGCCCAUGAACCAGUGACGAGCGGAGACGUGCUCCGAUGCUCCGACGGCAGGAAGCAGGCUGGACCCUCCGAGCCCGCCCCUCGCUCUCGGCGUCCCGUCAGCCGCGUCAUCCUCUCCCCGUGUCACCGUCCCGAAAAGGACUGGGCCUUUGGCUGUGGCUUCCGCCUGGAGGAGAGUCUCCUACUGCCCCCCUGGCUGUCCCCUCCCCACUCAGGACCCUUCUCCAAGCCCUCAGGCCUGCUAGGGCUCCAAGGGACAGACGGGCAGGAGACGGUCUCUGCCCCUCCGAGCUGCUACGCCAGCCAGGUGCAGAGCUGCCGUUCUCCAGGGGCCAUCCAAGCAGCUGGAUCUUGGGGUGGCCAGUGGUGGCCGGGUUGAUGUCUGGACUCAAUCCACCCUCAGGAUUGUACCAGGGUCCUACCAGGACCAUCCCCCCCUCCAUGAGUGCCCAAGCCUGGGGGGACACAGGUGCCUUCGCACUGGCCUUGCUACAAGGGUUUGUGACCUGCAAGGUGCUGUCCUCUCAGCCCUCGUGGCAGCCGCUGCAACAGUCACCCGGGGUCCGAGCCCCCCACUCUGAAUGGAAAGCCUUUAGGAGCUGGAUGACAUGCAAAUCACAUGCAAAUGGAAAAGAGCAAGGACUCAAGUGUCUCGAUGGCCCAGAACGGGACCCAGCCAUCUUAACCACUAACCCAGAGGCUCUACUCUCUGGCAUCCGGGGCUCUGAUUUGCACUAUAUACAGAUGACACAUGUGAACCCGGCGGCCUCGUCUUUGAGCCGGCCGGAAACAAACUCCUCUUCCUAUGGACGUUCACCAGGGGACACGAGCCCUUUGAGCAGCUGGUAGCCUGAGGAUCGUACUGGACAUAGGCUCCUGCCUCUGUGUCGUCCUGCUCCGGCGGGCGGUCGGCCUCCUUCCAAAGAAUAGGUGUUUGGGGUCCUUAAGCUCCCAGGCAGCUGGCACAGGGCACGUUAGCAGCUCCGAUGUGGGGCAUAGCUGCUGGCGCUGGGCACACACACACUUGAGAGCUAAGGCCUGGUGUUGGUGACCCCCUGCCCCACCACUGGGCUCAUCAGGUAGCCGAGCCAGCUGGCUUCCUGCUCUCACUGAAGUCAGGUUGGUUUUGUGCAAGGGAGAGCAGGGCCUGCUGUCAUCCAGUAGUGGCACCCUGCCCCGUGCCUCCUCCCCCAUGACAGACAGGGAGGAGUAAUGUGGCCAGUUCCCCCUCCAAAUGCAGCUGGCCAGAGGGGGGUUGCUAUGACAUAGCUAGUCUGGAUCAUGCCCUCUUCUCAGGCGUGAUCCAGACCAGACUUUGCUAUCAGCUUUAGCAUGGCUGGCUGUCUCCGGUGCCUGCUCAGAGCAGGCCAGGGAGGUGCAUCUUCUCCCCACCCAUCGCUCUCAAGCCUCCAGCCCACCUGGAGGAGAUCCCUGAGCCCUCGGGCCACCAGGUCAGCAGAAGCGAGCUGAAAGCCAGCCAGCAAAUCAGGCAGGAGGGAAGCAGGCCUGUGCUUUAGGCCAGUGCAAAUAGGCAGCUAUUUGAUUCGGCUUCAGAUCGGGCUGAUUCGGAUGCCAGCGAUCCAAUUCGGAGCUCCGGAUCGGUUUCCCGCUUCGAUUCGGCUUCAGAGCUGCUUUGGCGAGCCAGCUAUAGGGUAUAAUGGGGAAUCAAUGCAAUAUCUAUAACUUGGUUGUUUUUUGUCUGAUUUGGAUGAAACUUGCAGGGAUGGCAGCCUCUGCUGAGCAUGAAGGAGAUGGAGUUUCAAGGAGAUGGGUGCAGGGGGUUCGGGGAGACUGCACCCCAAAUUCUUGAAAGCAAAACUCGUGUCACGUGUAUGUGUCACUUCCCAUUAUACUCUAUGGCCGAAUCGGCUCCGAAUCUUUUUCCCAAGCAAUUCGGAAAGCCUAAAGCUUCUAGCGAUUUGAUUUGGAUUCAUGCAUUCGGCAUCCGAAUAAUCUCCAAAUCCGAAUCAGCCCUACUGUGCAUAGCCUGCUCCGGUGGGUCCCAUCCCACCUUGCACCUGGCCCGUGGGGUAUUCCAGCCCACUAUACAGGGAGCUGUCCCCUCUGCCCUCAGGCUCCCAACUGGGGGCGGAGGGGGAUAUCCUUCCCCAGCUCCUGCCUGUGUCCCAGGAUUAUCUAAGCACCUCUAAGAAGGUAGGAGAGGUCCAGCAGCUGGCCUGGUAUGGUGCCCCACGAUGGUAGCAGCUGACCCAUAAGCUCUGAUAGGGGAAGGGUGGGAGCCUGGGGGGCUGGGGAUGGUGGGAUCUGGCCCGGCUCCAUCUGCAGGGAAAGGGAAGAGUCGUUUUGUAAAAAAAGUAACAAAGAAAAAGGAAAAAAAAGGCUGUGAAAGGAUAAACAUUUCUUUGCCUCGCGUUGCGCCGCGUGGGGAAGACGAGGGGGCCGCCCAUAGCCAGGCCCUGCGUGGCAAGAACAGCUCACCCGUGACCGCCUGCAGCCACUGGCUCGUGGACAGCUGCACUAGACACGUGCCCAAACCAAUGCCCUGUGCCCACUGAUGUGUCCC